AUGGCGCGUGGUUUGAUCUUUUAUACCGCCUUGCUCGCGUCCUGUGUAUCGCUCGCGCAAGCACAGGAAUGCAGCUCUACCGGACUGGACUACACGAACGGUGGCUCCUACCUCAUCGACGGCACUUCCGAUGACUACUUCGUCUUCACGUCGGCUUUCUCGGGAUGCGAUGACACUGACAUCUCUCCAAUCCUUAUCGAUCCCGACGGUAAUGACUAUUCGUGCACUGACAUUGCGACGCAGCCGGACGACACCGACCAGGUAUCGCAAUGCGAUAUCCGCUUCUCUGAAAUGACAUCUGGGGAGUGGUCCGUCAUCAUCCAAUCCCAAGAUUUCGAUUUCGCCGUUGAGCGCGUCUUUACACUGACAGUCGGUGCUGCCGAUGUUGUCACUGUCACGGUGGUCCCCACCGUGGUCGUCGGUGUGACGAGCACUCCAGAAGCGACAACUAUCACCAACGACAUCUACGAGACGGAUAUUUUCACUGCCGAACCGGGUACGGUUACCCAGGAGUGUGAAGUCCCUACUCAGACUAUCGUGCAGUACAUACCAGGCGAAACGACAACGGUGUACACGACCAUCCAGAGGGUAGAGACUAAUGGGGCUGUUACGCAAUAUUACGACACCACUCUUGAAUCGUGGGCCUCCUGUCACUGGCCUGAGACUCGGGUCCGCCCGACUUCGGACCGCGCUCCACCGCCCCAAUCGCAAUCGUCUCGGCAGUGCAGCAACGGCGAUCAGUCAUGGUUUACCGGUGGAGACCCGACCAACGGACACCCGACCUACCGAUACGCGUCCCACCAGCAGGUCAUCCACACGCUCCACCGACGUGCCAACCUCUCGCUCCACGGACAGGCCGACGACGCGCCCUACAGAUAG